CAAGAAGGUUAAAUGGCCUGGAACGAAAAUAUUUGAAACUAGAUCCAAGCUAAUAUGUUGAAAUUACAAUAAUUUGACGAACUUAGGUAAGUGUUUAUUAUUUCAGACAUGACUACGAAGGAAUGCCGCAUCUGUUUGCGCCGAGAAGAGAACUGUGUAUCUCUGUUUGCCAAGCGCCGAGGGGCCAAGUUGGCGGAAAUCAUUCGAUUUUGCGCUAGGGUUGAGAUAUCCGAAGAUGACGGGCUACCCGGAGAAGCAUGCAAUCGAUGCGUGGACGAAGCCCUGAAUGCCUAUCUUUUUGUUAAUAAAUGUCGUCGCUCCGAUGCUGAGCUCCGUACUGCACAAGCAUUGGCACAGGACGAUGACAGCGAUUCUCUUGGCAAACCUCAAGAUGAUUUUAACGAGAAGCAUGAAGAUGAGCGGUCUAGUAAAAUUCUGAUUGAAAAUGAAGAACAGGAGGUUGUAGAUGAAUAUAGAUUAGGCCAUGAGUUAGAGAUACUGACGGAAGAAGUAUUGGACUCGGCGAAGAGUACGAUUCACGAAAGCAAUAACUCGAUCCAUGAAAGCGAUGUAGAGGAUGUGGAAAUCAGUCUGCAAUGUAAAGAAGAAAACGACCAUGAGUUUAUUUCCGAUCAUAAUGACCAUGAAAUGCAUUCUGAUCAAGAUGGUUCGGAUAGCUAUUCAGAAAAACAUUCGAUUGGAAUUUCUUUUGAUUCGAUAAAAGCCAUCCCGAAACAGCUUUCAGUAGGAGAAUCUAGUAAAGGUGGUGUAUCGGCUGACAUGUUUGUAAUCGAGUAUCUCGAUGCUAACUCAGUGACACAAGAAUCAGUAAACAACGAGCAGUCGCAGGACAGCUGGAGUGAUGAUGAUGUUUUGACUGAUGGAGAAGCGCCAAUAUCAUUUGUUGAAGGUCAGAAGAAAUAUGUUUGCUGUGGAAUGCGAUGUAAGAACGCUUUUGUAAGCUUCGAUGAACUUAAAAAACACUCAAAUGAAAUUCAUUUUACAACGAAACAAGCAAGAAACGAUGAAAAGCCGUUUGAAUGUCCAAUAUGCUACGCACGAUUUGCUGUCGAAAGAGUUUUGGUACAUCAUAGCGAAAAAAGUGGGCUUUGUUUCAUGUGCAAGACGUUGUGUUCAUCUCCUGCGGAAAUGCGGAUGCACUUGUAUCAAAUUCACGAUCAACAAAUGCCACUUGUGCAGAGUGAAACUGUUACAAAAAUAUGCUGCGGUUGUUACGAAGAAUUUGAUUCGGAAACCAGCCUUAGAAAGCACAGUGAAGAGGAGCAUUCUAUUCGUAGGUCAGCCGUAGACCCAACAAGACCCCUGCAAUGCAAUAUUUGUUUCAAGCUAUUUCGCACGAUGGCUAGUUUGCGGAUACACCAACGAACCGUGUACAAACCGAAGAAAUUUACCUGCACUGUUUGUAAACGUGCGUUCGAGACUCGUUCCAAGUUGAACGCACAUGAGAUGAGUCAUUCUGCCGAACGAAAUUUUCCCUGUGGAACGUGUGAUAAGUCUUUCAAGAAGGAGGUUGAUCUUCGAGCCCAUUUACUGUUGCAUAGCGAGAAGAAAGAGGUGUGCAGCGAGUGUGGCAUGCGGUUUCAUCGAAAAUCCAAUUUGAAAAUGCACAUGCGCAAGCAUCAGGAUACAUUCUUCUAUGCGUGUUCAGAAUGCCCGAAGAAGUUCAAAAACAACUCGCACCUGAAGGAACACUUUAAAGUUCACUCGGGACAGAAGCCUUAUGGGUGCAGUUUUUGCGAGAAAGCAUUCGCCUAUUUUAGCGACCGGAAGCGGCAUGAGAUGACCCAUACGGGUGACUAUCCGUUUCAUUGUGAAACGUGUGGGAAGAAUUUCACCAGAAAAUCGCACUGGAAUAAACAUCUUACCGUUUGUCAGACGACCGAUUUAGAAUAAAUCUUAGUUAAAAAAAAUGGGUUUUAAAGUUC